AAUAGUGCUAAUAAUUGGCGCUUUGUAACCGAGGUGGCAAUUUUUGGCCGAGCUCCUUCUAACCACUCAGCCUUACCACGAGAAAAUCUUUGAACCCACACCCCGUCCAGCGCUAAUCCAAAGCUCGUCAGAAAAUUGAUAUUUAUUUUUUAUUGAAAAUUAUAUCAAUACAAUGAACUAUAUUAAUUUUCAAAGAAUAUGACUGUAUAUUGGGUGCCCGCUUACGGAAUUUUCAUUGUACGUACUAAAGAUAUACAACUUAUUUUAAAAAUACUAAUCCUCCGGUAACCAGCACAUUUACCCUACAUAGAUUUUUUACAGUAUAUGAAAAUUUAUAUGAAAAAGAAAGUUCUAUUGGAAAAUUCAGUUUGGAUUUUGUUCUUGAAAACGGCAUUAUUUUUCAAUAGAUCUCUUUUCUCAUUUGAAUAAUCCGUAGGUUGGUACUUAAAUAAAUAAAUAUGGAAGACAUGCCCCAUAUAAACAAGUUUCACCUAUCCGAAAAUCAUGAAGAGUCACCGGGUAGUUUCCGUAUUAAGUCCCUAGUAUUACAGAUAGGAUGCAUAUAGCUCGUCUUGCUUAGAAGACUAGGCAAUGGCUUGAUAUCGACUAAGCUAAUAUACAUUCAUCAAAGCUUCGUUGGAAGCCUUUAUUGCCAUAGGGAUAGAUACUAUGCGUGUCAGCCAUACACAUGCAGUUUAAUACAAAUUUCUCUCCAUUUUUUUUAUAAUUGUCCUCCUUCAGGGAGUGUCAAGCUCUCCUAGUAUUUCUGACAUGAAAAGCAAAGCUCAUCACGAUCAUUAUCCCCAUUACUCUGUGCCAGGUUCUUUGGCCAGAGAAGUAGCUCCAGGACUAAACCUACUUGACAGUUGCUGUGCAUUACCUCUCUUUAUUUAAAAGUUCAAAAUCAUUUCGGACAGCACUGCUUAACCAUUUUAAGUCUCUUCUCCAUUAUCCUCUUACCCAACUUUUCCUGAGACAAGCUGAUAGAGAAAUUGUGAAAUAAUUCUUAUCAAAAGAAAUUAAAUUUUCUGUGGGUAUACAAAUGUACUUAUGCACAUAUGUAUAUGUAUAUAAAUGUUUGUGAAAUUCGGACAUAAUGUUUGAUAGCUCAGUAGGUGAGAGUAAUUUUACGAUGUCUUUUACCUGCAAUUCCAUUUUCCAAUUCAUCAAUUUGAUACCAAAUCAUUAAAGCACUUUAUGCAAAACAAAUAUCCAAAACAAAGUAUGUAUGUAUGUAGUAAUUAAUAAAAAAAAAAAACCAAAACAAACACCACACACCUCUUCUAACGUGCCAAACAAAUCACACGCUACCCAUUCCAACGCGAUUCGCGAAUAACCUAUCUCGCCCCACGCGCAACAACACACUAACAACAGAAACAACAACAAUGACUCUUCCAAAUAGCAACAAAGAAAUACACAUUGCGCAUCAACAACAAUGCAAACAUGUAUAGAUAUAUAUAUAUAUGUAUAUAUAGAAGAAGAACAACAACAGUUGUAGUUGCAUUCCCUUUUAGUAUACAAAAACAAACGGAGCAACAUAUGAAUUGAGUUAAGUUGAAGUAUGUAAAUGUGGGUGUGUGUGUGUAUAAUUGUUGGUGUCAAUAUGAGUAUGCGCGGGCGGUGAAUCAUAUGAAAUCACACAUUUAUGCAUAUACAUCCAAACAUACAUACGUAUGUACACGUACGUAUGAGAGAUUUUGCCGAUGUCGACAAUGUUUUCGUUUUGCUACGAAUCGCGCCAUUCGUUGUAUAGUCAAUAUACACACAAAUAUACAUAUGUACAUAUGCUUGUAUGCAGAAAAAUUUCGCAAAAGCGCAUAAACCAAAGAGGAAAACAGCGAACGCGUUAAACGCAUUUGCGUCGCCAAUGAGCCAAAUUGGCAAGCGUUUAUGAAAUAUUAAAAUAUUCUAAUCAAGACAACAAAGCAGUCGAAGCGCUAAGGCGCGGACGGAAAUAAAUAGCAAAAUUAAUAAAUGCACACAUAACUACAACAACAAUAAAUAAAAAUAAUAAAUAUUUAUUAUAAAGUGUUAUGGCAUUCAAUAGGCUUUAGUUAUGAGUUUGUUUGCUUUAUUGACUUUCUGUUCAAGUCAAGUGUGAGCAAGUGCGUGUGCGCUUUUUGGAAAGUUAUUUGACAAGUCAAAUACAACAAUAAUAGCAAUAACAGUGAUUAGUAGUGCACAAAAGAAAAAAAAGGAAGUGUAGUGAAGAAAAAGUGAAAGUACGUUGGCCAAGUUCAAGGACACGCACGUAGCGUGAAUGCGAGUGAUAGAAAAGAACAGCAGCAGCAGCAGCAGCAAAAGCAGCAGCAGCUGAAAGAAUACUAAAAUAAUUGAAACAAAAAAAUAAUAAUAAUAAUAACAACAACAACAAAUUUGUGAAUAUUGUGUUUGAAAAGCAGCGACGCAGUAAAUACAACCACGCAACAUAUGGGAUGCUCCAGCAACAGCAUGCAGCAACAACAACAGCAAGAAUAAAAGUGUUAAUUGAAUUUGCAAUUUUCAGCGAACAGUGACCUGUAAUAAAGUAAAAAAAAAAAUAAUAAUAAAUAUCGGAAACUUAAACCCACCUUCCCUCACAGUUUUAAACACCCGCCACCGCCCAAUAAUUAACCCCAAAAAGAAAAUACAAAAAUAUAAAAAGUGCACAACAAGAAAAAUUUUAAACAAACACAAACAAAGAAAAUUUACGUUGUUUGCGAAUUUACUGUGUGUGAAAUAACUGUGCUUUUACACAGCCAGACAACCUUGUCGUUUUACACGCGCGGCUCUGAGUGUGUUUGUACGUGUGUGUGUGUAUUUACACGUGGUUACGAGGACAAACCGUGCAUUCAUUUUUAACACAGGAUCAUUCAACUUGGGUACCAAACAAAAAAAAAGUUUCAAAAUCUUACAGUUGAGCUAUUUUUCCUUUGGCAAAACAAAUACACAAAAAUACCCGCACAGCAGCCGUCUCAUCAAGGAGCACAGUUGCAGUUGGCAAUCAGCCGUCUUCGCCUUGUGAAGUAAAAAAAUACAGCAAAAAAGAACCUGCAACCGCGCUGAGGGUCAGUAAACUGCGUUGGAAAAGUUUUCCUUCCUCCCGCGCGAAUAACGUCAGCUCGAAGAAAGUACGAAAAAGAUUUCACUGCGAAAAAAUUUAAUUAAUUGUUGGCGACUUGGAUUUAUCACAGCGAGGUUGAGAGAUCGAUUGUGUGGGCCGUUUAAGCAUUUAUAUAAAUAUAAAAACAAAAACAACAAUAAUAAAAUCCAUUAAACAAUUAGCCUUAAAGAGAGAGAACAACAAGCGGAUAAAGCCAAAUAUAAUUAAAUAUUUUGCCAGAAAAAAAAAAUCAGGAAAGACACACAAAGAGUGUAACGUUAAAUACUAGAGACAUAUUUACAAAUUAAUAGCAAGUAAAAAUAUUGCAAAAUUAAAAGAGAAAAGCCACAGCGCCGACCAACACCCCACUAGUAGCCUCAAACUCAAGGAAACUGCGUCCACUGCUGCUGCGUUGCGUUGACUACGCUGUCAGCAGUGAAUGUCAUUUGUCACUGCAGUUAGUCAGUGGCGUCUCUUCACUUAGUCGAGCGGGGGUUGGUGGGUACGGGUUGUAGGCGGGCGCAGCCUACAGUGCCUUAGCUAGCAGACAGCAGACAACAGACAACAAAAGAGAAAAACAAUACAUUUAUUCAUCGUUCCAAUAAAACUUUCAAAACGGCGCUAAAAUGAUAUCGAAUAAGAAAUGCUAUGCCAUGAAAAUGCUACAAAUAGCAUUGGCCUUGAGCCUCUUGCAUGUGGAUCCGGAACAGCGCUUACGUAAUUGGGACUCACAGCUGGAAUUGCGCGAUGGCGAUGGCUGGGAAUUGGAAAUGUUGCGCGCCGUACCGAUGGUGGAGUAUCCGUAUGCGAAUCGUAAGACCAUGAUGCCGCUCAUAGAGGAUCUCAUACGUUACGAUCGCCAACAUGAUCCGACACCGCCACAGUACAAUGUCACCGCCUAUAUGUUAAAUGUGCAAAAUGAUGGUGGCACAAAUCAGACAGCCACACUACCAGAGAUACAGGCAACAUCGAGCGGUACGACUAAUCCUGCUAGUAAUGUGGCGGUGGCUGGCGCUACUGCGUUGGAGCAGGCAGCUAAUGCAGCCGCCGCAGCUGCUGCGGCCAGUACGAAUGCCAGUAAUAUGGGAUUGCCAGCAUCGGAGUUGGAUGUUUUUCUCAAUUCGGAAAACUUUCAAGAUCAACGUUCGGUGUGGGAGCAAAAUUUGGCUGAUUUGCGCGAUUUUGGCGAUCUUGCCAUCAACAAUCCAUACGCAGGUCUACCACUCAAGGAUGAACCGUACAAUAACACUUAUAUUGAUGUGAAUUUGGAUAUGUUUUUGCCGAGUUUCGCUAGUGCUGCCGCUGCCGCUGCCGCUGCGGCUAAUGAUGUUAAGCAGGAAAAUGUGGCUGCUGGUGCAUUGAAUGAUACAUUCCCCGAACCGGCAGAUGUCGCUAGUAUUAAAACAGAGCAAAUCGAUAAGGAAGAGGCGGAGGAGCAGGAAUUCGUGCUUAAUAAUGAAGCAUCUUCAUCGGGAGUGAGUUCAGCGGAGACAGUAUUCACAACCACACCCACAUCACAGGCGGCGAUUAUUAAAAAGGAACCCAUUGAGAGUAGUGGCGAUGAUGAGGCGCAAACAGAAAUGGAAGAGGUCGAUUUAAGCCCAUUCUUCAGUCAGUUGGAUAUUAUGAAAGAGGAGAGUGAAAUUAUCGAUGUGCUCUGGAAGCAAGAUGUUGAUUUGGGUUACUCACUGACACCGGCACAUCUGAUAAAUACAACUGGUAAUAACGGUAGUGCCGGCGCUGUGUCGACGGAUGAUGAGAUUGAGAAGUUGAAGGCAUUGGAAGCGCUUAAAUUAGAUAAGCCGAACUUUGAUGGAAAAGAUGGCGGUGACGAUGCUGGUGUGCCGGAUAUCGAUGAUGAGUGGGCUGGCAUACCUUUUACGGUGGAUAACGAGACAGGUGAAUACAUACGCUUGCCGCUGGACGAAAUUCUUAACGACGUACUACAAUUGGCUGAAUUUGGCAAUCUUAAUAACGAGCCCAAUAACGACGACUCAUACGCUUCAACAUCGAAAGCUGCAGCAGUCAAGAACGACGACGACAAACGCAUUACCAAAUCGGAAACUAGCGAAGACGAAGGUAUCAACGACGAUAACAUCACUAGCGCACGCUUAGUUAACGGUAAAGAAGAAACAGAGAAAGAUUCAAAUAAGAAAACGCUUGCAACAUCAACGACUGACAAGGAUACCAAACUCGAGCGGGAAUCGAUCAACGAAAACGAUUAUAUUGACGACUUUGAUUUAUCGUUAUCGGAGAUCGAAGUCAACUCAUUGCCAUCACCUUUGUUCGAUUUAGAUGACGAAGCACGCGAAGAAUUAGCCGAUUUCGAUAUGAUGUUACAAUCAGCUGCAGCGCCACCACCAACAUUCCAUCAUCAUCAUCCGCAUAGCCAUCAACGCGGUGCCGGUAUGCAGGGUUAUGUUGGCGGCGGUGCGAAUAGUGCUUUCCAUCGUCAGGCGAGCGGUUUCCAUCAUGGUCAUCAUCAGGGUCGCAUGUCCCUCAGUCGUGGUGUAUCGAUGGAGCAACGUUUACAGGAUAUUGCCAGUUUCUUUAAUCCAAUCUCCGGCAUGGGUGUCGUAGGUGGUGUCUCCGACAUGCCACCCUAUCCACAUUAUCCCACACAUCCAUAUUCAUAUCAAAGUGCUGCUGGCAUACCAGCACCACCACCACAACACGCUCAAUAUCCACCGCCACCACCACCGCAUCCACAUCAUCCGCACAGCCAUCAUGCUAUGUUGCAUGCUAAUGCCACUUUGGGUGAUAUUUGCACACCAACUCAACCGCAUUAUGGCCAUAAUUUAGGUUCGGCCGUGACAUCGAGCAUGCAUUUGACCAAUGCCAGUCAUGACGCUGACGGUGGUGCAAGUGCUUCGGCUGGCGCUGCUGGAGGCAAUGUGGGCGCUUAUAAAAUGGAACAUGAUAUGAUGUAUUAUACUAAUGCUUCGUCGGAUAUGAAUCAUACCACUGAAGGAUUUAUAAAUUCGAUUUUAAAUGAUGAAGAUUUGCAGUUAAUGGACAUGAAUGACAGCUUCUGUCGCAUGGUCGAUGUCAAUAACAGUACCAGUAAUAAUUCUUCUGUACUAGGCGGUGGUUUAGCCGCUGGGCAUGCAAGUACUGGUGGCGGCAGUGCUACUGGUUCGAUCGCAAACGGUUUGACGAUGAGCGGUGCUGGGGCCGCAAAUAGCGCUCUCACUGGCGGUAUGACUACAGAUCUCUUGAGUUCGGGUGCUGGUGCUACAAGUGCGGGCGGUGAUCGUUUGGACGCUUCUAGCGACAGUGCAGUCAGUUCAAUGGGUUCGGAGCGCGUACCUUCGCUAUCGGAUGGUGAGUGGGGUGAGGGUAGUGAUUCGGCGCAAGAUUAUCACCAAGGCAAAUAUGGUCGGCCGUACGAUUACAGUUACAAUAAUAAUAGUAAUAAUCGCAUGAACGACGGCACACGACAGCCGCCUGUCGCACAGAAGAAACAUCAAAUGUUUGGCAAACGUUUUCUUAACGAACAGCCCGGCUUGGGUGCUGUUACAGCACGUCCAGACAAUAACAGCAACGCUGGCGGUGGCGUCAAUGUAUUACCACCAACGGGCGCGAAUAACUUAUUGAAUAUUGGUCCGGCACAAUCUAUUAAAUACGAAUAUGAGCCGUACCCAACUGUACCGGGUCUACAACAAGGCGGCUCUGGCGGUGUACUCAAUGCCGACGGUGCUAUGGGUCCAGCAUUGAGCAGCAAAGAACAACAAGCAUACGAUUUAAAAUAUGGCCCUGCUGUAGCUGGCGCUAUUGGCGGUUAUUCACUCGACUUCGCACAACGUCCGCCACGUACACCACAUGAGGUGGUGCAACAUAAUCACACCUAUACGCUGCCGCAGGGCACCGGCUCGAUGCCUCGCCCACAAGCGCGUGAUAAGAAACUCUCUAUUUCCUCGUCGAAAUCCUCCAAAUCCAUGAAUGGUGAGGAAGAACAUUUGACACGCGAUGAGAAGCGUGCACGCGCUCUGAACAUCCCCAUUUCAGUUAGUGAUAUUAUCAAUUUGCCAAUGGAUGAAUUCAACGAACGCCUUUCCAAAUAUGAUUUGACCGAAAAUCAACUCUCACUGAUACGUGACAUACGCAGACGUGGCAAGAAUAAGGUGGCGGCACAGAAUUGCCGUAAACGUAAGCUCGAUCAGAUACUCUCGUUGGAGGAUGAGGUCAAAGCGGUGCGCAGUCGUAAGGAGCAACUGUACGCGGAUCGUGACAGCUUGACUUUGGAACGAAAGCGCAUAUCGAAUAAGUUCGCAGCGCUGCAUAGACACAUAUUCCAAUACUUGCGCGACCCCGAAGGCAAUCCGUGCUCAACAUCCGAAUAUUCGCUACAGCAGGCGGCUGAUGGCUCCAUUUACUUGCUGCGCAAAUCGGAUGCAACGAAUACUGGCGGCAAUGCCAGCAAUAGCAGCAGCACAAGCUCCAGCAGCAGCGGCAGUAGUAGCAGUGCUGGAGGUGGUGGCGGUGGUGGUGCUGCUGCUGCUGCUGAAGGCGUAAACGGACACACAAUGAGGCAUAAUGGUGUGUCGCCACAGCAGCAUGCUAUGCUGGGUGCAGCGACGCACUUGCAACAGCAGCAGCAGCAACAAACGUUGCAUCAUCAGCAUCAUCAUGCGCAAACGCAACAACAGCAGCUAUCGCAUAUGCACCCACAACAAGCGCAGCAGCAACAACAACAACAACAACAACAGCAACAACGACAACACUCUGCGCAUGCGCAUGCACAUCAUCAUCAGACGCAACAAAAAGAUUGAAAAUUGCUGUUGCGGCACUAUGCAAAUUGGUUUAAAUUACAGCAACAGCAGAAUCAGCAACUGCAACAAAAGCAACAACGUCACCACCAACAUCAACAUCAGCAUCGUAAUCAUCAUUAUCAGCGUCAUCAUCAUCGUUACACUCAGCUUUAUAGAGAAUAUCAGCAACAACAACAACAACAGCAACAGCAGCAGCAAGAACAACAUGCGCAGGAGUUCCAGCAACCAAAUUCAACGAAGAAUUCAACGUCACCAGCAACAACUCAACAGCAAUAUUAUACCGCGGAACUGGAACAUUACUAUCAGUCGACAACAACGACGCCAAAACAACAACGACAACAGCAACAAUGCCAAUGCGCUCAUUGCUACGAUUGCUAUGUGACGCCGUUGGCGACGCCGACGCCACAGUACCAGCCGCAGCCGGAUGCAGUUGAUUGGGAAUGGUUACAUGAAUUUUCUGCUGUGCCGCCAGCUGCAACAGCAUCGAUUGCCACAAGUUUCUACUUUUACUGAUUGUCAUGAACACACAUUUUUUUUUGCCUCUUUUAAUGCUUGUUCGCUGCUUGGCGGCAGUUUAAAUUUUCUUUUUACAUACAUAUAUACAUACAAUCAUACAUAAUUACGUACUAUGUACAUAGGUGUUGGUAUUUUUUGCUUGAAAAAAAAUAUUUUUUGGUUUUUCUAAAUUUAUUAUAGGUGUAAAAUUAAUUAUAACUUGAACUUAAAAACAGUUGUAGGUUUGGUGGGUACGUCGCCAAAAUGGAGCUUCAGCAGUUAAAAAAAAUACAGUAAUAAUACGGAAAGCCGGCCAGGCUUAUGCGCAUGUUUUCAUUUCAUAACACUAUUUUAUCUUUAAACUUUACACUAUAUACAUAUAUUAUAUAUACAUAUAUAUAUACAAAUAGGAAAUGAAAAAAUUUCAGAAUUUAAACUUUAACUUAAAAAGUUGUUGAAGCUAUGUGCACAAACUAUAUUAAGUAUGCAGAAUUUAACUUACAUUCAGCUAAAACAAAUAAAAAAGAAUUAAUAUGGAGCA